AGUCCUAGUCACGUUCUCUCUCUCUCUCUCUCUCUCUCUCUCUCUCUGACCAAAUUUCACAACUGCAAUUGUGUCACGUUUCCACAGCAAUUGAAAUCUAAUCAGAAGUAGACUUGUUAUUGCUUGUUGGGCAUUGUAUUCCCACUUUCACAAAUGUUUAGUUGACAGAUGGUGUGUGGAACUGUAUAUGAUGGAAAGUGUGGUGAACAUGUCAAUUGAUUACAAGGGUGCCUUGGAGGUGUACAAGGAGAUGCUGUUGCUCUACCUGGAGGAAGGCAGGCGGCUUGUGAACACGAACUGUGAGGCGUUGGAACCAUGGCAGAUCAUUGGAGCCACUCUCAUAUCUACCUUAGGAGCAGUCUGGGUCAAAGGCUUCCUGUUUCAGCAAGAAACCCUGACAUCCCGAAUCAAGAAGCAGUGCUUUCGACUCAUCAGAAAAAUACCCUUUGUUGGCGCGGCAAUCCAGACCCAGCUGAACAAGGCCCUGGAUGACAUGUCUGUCAGUCUUUGCGCACUGAAGGAGGGCAUGAACUACACCAAACAGCUGCCUGAACAAGGGCUAACGCAAGCUGAAGUUCUAGACAGGAUCAGCGAGUACGAAACACUGAAUGAAGUGGAUUGGGAGAAUGGACGAGUGUCCGGUGCAGUGUACUGGGGAGAUCAGACACUUACCAAACUUUUGGUGAAGGUGUAUGGAGACUUUGCAUGGAGCAACCCACUUCACCCAGACAUCUUUCCUGGUGUGAGGAAGAUGGAGGCAGAGGUUGUAAGAAUGACGUGUACCCUCUUCAACGGUGGGCCCAACACUUGUGGCACAGUCACCUCUGGAGGAACUGAAAGCAUAUUGAUGGCAUGCAAGGCGUACAGAGACAUGGCCUAUGAGCGCGGUGUGAAACAUCCUGAAAUCAUUGCACCAAUCAGUGUCCAUGCCGCCUUUGACAAAGCAGCAAACUACUUUGGAAUGAAGCUUGUUCACAUCCCCCUGGACAAAAAUACAAUGAAAGUGGAUGUUAAGGCGAUGAGGAGAGCUAUCAGCAAGAACACAGCCAUGCUUGUAUGUUCCGCACCCCAGUUCCCGCAUGGAAUCAUUGAUCCUAUUGAGGAAGUAGGAAAGCUGGCUUUAAAGUACAACAUCCCUCUGCAUGUGGAUGCUUGUUUGGGAGGGUUUCUCAUCGUGUUCAUGGCCAAAGCCAAUUAUCCACUGGCUCCCUUUGACUUCAGGGUAAAGGGUGUGACCAGUAUAUCUGCAGACACACACAAGUAUGGCUACGCCCCUAAAGGUUCAUCAGUGAUCCUGUAUAGUGACAAGAAGUACAGGCACUACCAGUACUUUGUGGCUCCAGACUGGCAAGGGGGGAUCUAUGCGUCCCCAUCAGUGGCAGGAUCUCGGCCAGGCGGUAUCAUCGCAGCGUGCUGGGCUACCAUGAUGCACAUGGGAGAGGAUGGCUACAUAAAGGCCACCAAGAAGAUAAUUGACACUGCACGUACCAUCAAGACAGAAAUCCGUAAGAUAAAUGGGGUGUUUGUGUUUGGAGACCCUGAAGUGUCCGUGGUGGCAAUAGGCUCUGACGUCUUCGACAUUUUUCGUUUAUCCAACGCACUGACCUCAAAGGGUUGGAAUCUCAACAUGCUACAGUAUCCAUCCAGCAUCCAUAUCUGUUGUACUGUACUGCACACACAUGAAGGUGUGGCCAAACAGUUAAUCAGUGACAUCAAAGAGCAGGUGGCUCUCAUUUUGAAAAACCCCAAUGAGAAGACCACUGGAAUGGGAGCAAUCUAUGGCAUGGCCCAGUCCAUCCCUGACAGAUCCAUGGUGACCGAGAUCUCCCGAGGCUUCUUGGACUGCCUCUACAGCACAGAGGAGCCCAAGUCGUCUCAGUCUCAGAAGACCCAUAUGAAUGGCAACGGCAAGGCCCACUGAGUCAGGAGUAGGCUGGCUGUGGCCUGGACACACACCUGGGUCAUGUUCAUUAGGGAACAUAAUGGUAAGCGUUGUGAAACGUUUUGCAACGGAAAAUGAAAAGGAGCGUUUACUGGAUAAGCUCAAGUAGUCCCUCCAUGUUUCAGUCCAUUUUCUUCAGGUCGGUGACUAAUGAACACGGCCCUGGUUACCAGCCUGCCUCACCUCUGGUCCACCCACUACAUCACUCAACAUUUGCCUUAUCCUGCCCACCUUUUAUCUACCUACUCACCUUUUUUCAGAUAUGUUCUGAAGCACAAGCCAUUGUUUUUAGCUAUCGUGAGGAGAAUUCUUCAAAUAUGUAGAAAGUGAAAGCACCUAUUGUACAAAAAUAUAUAGAAUAGUUGCUCAAACCAUUGAGGGGUUUUGGUCUGGGUGUAUUAAUUGUCCCCCACGAUUAAAUCAGGGAUGGGAAUAUUGAUCUGUCUCCGUACAUUCAUAUGUUAGUCACACGCGAUAUCUCAGACAGCACUGGCCCGAUCUUGACAAAACUUGUGUGAAUGAAGCGUCUGCCGUGAUAAAAAAAACACUUAAUGCUACUCUUCUGACACCAAAUGAGCGAUCUGCAUGAAACAUCUAUGAACAAAGGUCUCUCGGCGCAAUAUUUUCCAGACUAGUACCUAAAACAACAUGGCCACUUGAGUCUAGCUAACCCUCGCAAUAUUUGUAAUGGAACUUGGGGGAAUUAUCUGUCUUUUAGAAAAGUUUGUGGUCAUACGCACAUCCUUAACAAUGUAGGGGCUGGGCUAAUAAAGAACAGGAAAGCCUGCACACUGUUAAAGCUCCCAAUUCGCAGCUUUAUUCACAAUGUUUCAAUCCAAAACAGAUCUUCAUCCAGUCAAACAGACUGAGUGCUCACAUCCCAAAAUAUACACAUUUCACCUCACAUGACGCAUGGUGGGUGUGGAAACAAUUCAAUUCACUUUUGCGCAUAGUCAAUCAUAUAAUUAAUCCCAGAGGUACUCAUGGUCAUAAAGGAUUAAAUGCAUACAAAUUAAAACAUGGGCAAGAGUAAAAAGAUUUGGAAACUGUUGGAAUACCCAACCAUAUGACCAUUACGUGCAGGUCGUGCAGUGGCCGUAGAUAUAAUUACAAUUACCUAUUUUUUUUUAAACAACUUGCCUACCUCUAAUCAUUUGAUAUCAAUGAGAAGGGCACAUGUAGUAGUUACAGAAAAUCAAAUGUACAAAAUGACCAAGUGGAGACCUGGAUGGCAAGACGAAUUGAACGUAGCAUAUUCAUGUAAGAAAUGGUCCGUUAUCAAACUCUUGGUUCAAACCUUUAGGAGACAUGGUGGACAAACGGUGAAUCCAAUACAAUUCUCUUCUCAGUAAUAGAUGAUCAGUAUCUCCACCACUCCUAGUAGCCUUAACAUGUUCAAUACCAAUGUAUCUCAGAGAUCUGAUGUUGUGACGAGCCUCCGUGAAAUGCGCAGCCACGGGGUUUCUCUGAUCAAGGGUCCUGAUAUUACUCCUGUGUUCUGCUAUCCUUGUUUUCAGAGAUCGUUUUGUUUUUCCUACAUACCAUACACCCUAAAUACACUUUCUCAGGUAUACCACAUCAGUAGAACAGGUAAUGAUACCCUUAAUCUUAAUGGGGUGAUUGAAAACUGUGCAUUUCUUGGUGAAAUUACACGGGAUACAUCGGCCACAUCUUUAAUUACCAUCCAGCACAUUGUCUAGGAAAGUACUACGUGACACAUGGUGGAAGAUCAGACCUCACCACCAUUUGGCUGAUUUUUGGAGACUCGUCUGAAGACUACCCGGGAGGGUAGAGCUACCUUUUGCAGCAAUUACAGCUGCAAGUCUCUUGGGGGGUGUCUAUUAGCUUGGCACAUCUAGCUACUGGUAUUUUUGCCCAUUCUGCAAGGCAUAACCUUUUUCAUUUCACUUCAACAAUUGACUUUUUGUAUAUGUCCAUUAUAUGUAAUUCAAAUUAAAAAAUCCACUUAAAUUACAGGUUGUAAUGCAACAAAAUGGGAAAAAUGCCAAGGGGGAUGAACACUUUUACAAGGCACUGUAUUGGCUGAUAGCUUACACCCUUAUGAGCCCCCCUAUCUCUGUAACAGGGAAUUCCUGUUCCGCCGGCUCCCUAUAGGUCGGUGCUAAAGCCAACUCCCUCUUUAUCAAAAUGUCUUGCCCUAGAGAUCUAGCAUUUACAGAAUUACUCAUUGGCCCAAGGGAGGCACUACAGUAAUCAACUAUAUGUACAUUAGUCACAUGCGAUCUCUCAGACAACUGCACUGCAUCAUUUGUGGAGGAUGACAUGUUCAUUGUUGCCUUGUUUAACACCUGAUUUACUUAACAAAAAGCACAUCUCAAUAGGUGGUUCAGGUAAAUCAUGAUAUCGCUAAAGGGGGACUUUCCUAUUUUCCUCUAUUGCGCCUCUACUUUUCCUCAAGCAAGGGAGAGGCUGACUUUUUAUGUUUUUACCCUUUAGUGUGUGUACUUUGGGAUAUCGCUUUAACAGUAAAAAAAAAAAAAAAAAA